GCUUGAGAUAAAAGAUAGAUUAUAUAUAAAUUAAACUUAAGAGAAAUGAUCGAAUCAAUGUUGAAUUGAUAUAUAUUUUUUCGAUGCAAAAGACAUCGGUUCGAUAUUGUUUUGAUGAAUCAUUUCUCACUGGGAAGCGGGACAGGGAUAAGCGAGAUGAGCAAACGUAGAUAUUAGAUGAUAAAUUUAUUUUCGGAUUUGAAAAAGAAUUUUCUUCUUUUUCACACAACAACAAAAUAUUAAGAACGUUUUUACGACGCUUUAACUUUUGCUUAUCGUAGUCGAAAGAGCGCCUGCAUCGUGAUCGUCGCAAAAUAUGAUAAUUUCAGUCUUGUCUUUCAAACGUAGCAUGAUGAAAACGUGUGCGCGUUACGUCACGAUAACCAAUUGCAUGACGAAAAUAUGCGUCGUUUCGUUAUGCGUUUUUCUUCUCCGUAUAAUACAAGUCGCGACAUUUAACACGCGUGAUCGCAAAAGCUUCCUGCGAACUUGAGUCGCGCUUUUCCCCGGCCGCGGCCUUGGCGAGGGUGUCUCUCUUCCCUGUUCCCUCCGCGCCCUCCGUCACCGAGGCACACGACUGACACGACGUAGUGGCCCCGCGCCUGCGUGCUCCGGGCGCCGACGGCUCCGCCAAUUGCGGAAUGUUAUGAAAGUCCUCGAGACACCGCGGCACCCGUGCCCGUCGUCCCCCGCGGUUCUAGCGCGAACGAAACGCGACGCGAACUGGGGCAGAGACGCGUCACGCGGGUGCAGGUAGUCGACAGUCCGCCGAGACGCGCAGUGCACUACACCUUUCUCACACGCAGCCGCGGCGGUUAAUAGAAACCACCCUCGUCUCGCGCAGCCACCAUGAGCCUGGUGCGGCAGAACUUCCACGAGGAGUGCGAGGACGCGCUCAACAAGCAAAUCAAUCUGGAGCUGUACGCCAGUUAUGUCUAUCUGUCCAUGGCGUACUACUUUGAUAGGAGCGACGUCGCGUUACCGGGCCUGUACAAGUACUUCAAGAAGGCGUCGGACGAGGAGCGCGAGCACGCCAUGAAAUUUCUGACUUAUCAGAACAAGCGGGGCGGCGACAUCGUCCUCAUGGACGUCCAGGCGCCGUCCAGAAGGAAUUGGAACAACGCGAAGGACGCUAUGACGGAGGCUCUACAGCUGGAGAAGAGAGUGAACCAGAAACUACUCGAGCUGCAUGGGAUCGCCUCGACGCACAACGACGCGAAUUUCAUGGAUUUUCUAGAGACGGAGUUUCUGCAGGAGCAGGUGGAUGCGAUAAAGGAGAUUGCUGAUCAUGUGACAAAUCUGGAGAGAGUUGGGGAAGGCCUCGGUGUCUAUAUUUUCGACAAAGAAUUAAAUGAUUGAAACAAACAACGUCGCGUUUGAGAAAUUUGCCAAUACAUAAAUAAAUAAAUAAAUUAUAUAAAGAAAUUUAAAAAAUAAAAGACUUUAAAUAGGAAACUUUUUAGAUAAAUUUUGUGAAGACGUGGCGUUGAUUCGUCUAAUAAAUUUCGGUAAAAAUAAUCGAUAAAGAGUUUGUGUUGAGAAAGUUGUACGAAUAGAUAGUGAAGGAGAAGAGGAUGUUUUUAGGCGUAUAUAUCACUAUAUAUUCCUCCGAUUACGAAGGAGAACAUAUAGUUAAUGUGAUUUUAUUCGGCUGCUCGUCGCAGGAAUAAUCAAUUAACUUUAUCGUGCAAUUAUCUAGCAGUUAACUUUUUGAGAUAUAUCAUAUUUCUAGGCUCUAAAAACUGUAAUCGCACACAAUGUUGUAUCGUUUUAAAUCAAAUAUUAAUAAUAUAUAUAAUUAUUGAAA